CUUUUCCAUUUGUUUUUUUUUUUUUUCCUUUUCUUUGGUAGAUCGUUUUACAUCGUUUCAGCUUGCAUGCAGAGAACACGUGGCCAUCUAUUCUUGAGCCAAAUGUAUUGCAUUCUUCUCAACUUUGAGGAGACGGGGCGUUGUUUCCAAGCUCGGGAGGGCUCCAACGUUUUACGUGUGAACGCAGAGUAGGAUAUCAUCAAUGGCUAAAGAAGCAGCAAGCGCCGAGGCUGUGGCUAAUGUCCCCGGCCUCCGGCAUACUGUGUGGGAUCAGGACCAGCAGCUUCCGAAGUAUCCCCGGAUCGCGAAAGACGAGUCCGCUGAUGUUGUGGUCGUGGGCGCUGGUAUUGCUGGCAUGAAUGUUGCCUACAAUCUUAUCAAGGAGGGGAUGUCUGUUAUACUACUGGAAGGAAGGACUAGAGGUAGUGGACAAACAGGGAGAACCACGGCUCACAUUAUGCCCUGGAAUGACGACUUCUAUUAUAUGCUAGAGCAGCAGCACGGUGCUCAGGUGGUUAAACAUGUGGCUGAAAGUCACAGAAGUGCGAUCGAAUGGGUUGCCAACACUGUUCAGGAGGAAAAGCUCGACUGCCAUUUCAAACGCCUGGAUGGGUAUCUGUUUCCGUGCAAUGAAUCCUCUACUGAGCACGAUAAGUUACAGAAGGAGUUUGAGGCUUGCAAGAAAUUCGGAUUUGAUAACGUGGAGCUGGUGGACUUGGGUGGUGAUCCUUCGGUCGGCAAGAUUCACAAGGCACUGCGAUUUCCCGACGCAGCCGAGUUUCAUCCUCUUAUGUAUAUAAACGGAUUGGCCGAAGCAUUCGUUCGUCGGGGUGGUAAAAUUUACGAAAUGAGUAGAGUGAUGGAGAUAGAUGGAGGAAGUCAAGUUAAAACAGCGGACGGCGUCAGUGUUAGCACUGGAGCUGUGGUUGUGGCAACGAACUCCCCUUUGAACCAUGACGUGCUCGUGCACGCACGCCAGGCAGCCAGCCAUUCGUAUGUUGUAGGCUUGAAAGUUCCUAAAGGCUCUGUCAGGACAGCCGAGUGGUGGGAUACUGAUUCGCCUUAUCAUUAUGUGCGGCUGGAAGAGAAAGAUGGCUACGACGUUUUGAUUGUUGGCGGUGGUGACACAAGCACUGGAAUGAAGCCUUCCGAGUACAAGGAUACUUACGGGGAGCUGGCCAACUGGGCUCGAGCGCGUUGGACAAGCGCUCAAGAAGUUCUUUACACAUGGACAGGACAGGUCUUUGAACCGGCAGACAAACUGCAUCUUAUCGGAUUGGAGCCUCUGGAGUCCCUCAAAGGCAGCAAUCAGUACAUCGUGACAGGUGAUAGCGGCCAGGGAAUGACAGGAGGAACUAUCGCGGGGAUCCUCAUCAGGGACCUCAUAUUGGGACGGCCGAAUCCAUGGGCUGCUGUCUAUAGUCCAAAGCGGUUGCUGCCGCUGGACGUGUCGACAAUUAAAUCUGCGGUGGAAGAAGCCAAUCACACGUUCCAGGGAUUGAAAGAUACCAUUCCUUUCUUAGGAACGGACAGUGUGGACAUCGAAGAUCUCCAGACGAGUCACGGAGCUGUGAUCCAGACCGGAUUGCACAAAGUUGCUGUUUACAAGGACGGCAAUGGAAGAGUUCACCGCCACUCCGCCGUAUGCCCACACAUGAAGUGCAUUGUGAAAUGGAAUCCUGUUGAUAGCACAUUCGAUUGUCCCUGCCAUGGAUCCAUUUUCGACCCUUACGGCAAAGUCAUCAACGGCCCAGCAAAGGCCGAUCUUUUUGAGAUCUGAGAGGUGGAACGAGAAAGCUUUCGUUUAAUGGAAAAAGAGAUUCUCGUUUUCGCA